AUGCGUCCGCUGCGUCUGGCGUGGCUGAUAACCUUGCUUGCAUGGUCGGCUGAAAUACGACUUGCGUUCGGCGGACCGUUGAACCUGCAACUCCUGGAUCAGCCGGCAGUGGAGGGUGUCGGUGGUGAAGGCUUCGUGGACGGGAAUUUGGGACGGUUGCUGGCGCUGCUCUCGGCCGAGGGGGCGCCCAAGUUGUCGUUGAACGGCGGUGAAUUCUCCAGACAUUCUCACGACCUCCUGCGCAAACUCAUCGCCAGACCCCACCUUGUCGGGAACAUGAUGCGUUACGGUUGA